CGCCCAUAUAAGCUUGCUUAGAGUAGUAGAGCAAAAUGCACUUGUAUCUCCUUGGCGUAAGGCGGGGGAAAAAUCCAAGGGAUCACAAUGGCCUGACACCAGGUAACAUCCCAGGGCUGAGUUGUUGCAUAACAAUAGAACUGCCUGGUCUUGUACGACCUCUGUCUCUCGUAAUUCUUCCAACAAAUAUGCACGGCUUGCAGAACUUCACUGCAUGACACAAAUCAGGCAGGUGGAUAAGAAACCCUUGGCAUCAAGCCAGCGUCGUGAUGUUGGACCGAGAUCUCACCUGUGCCACAUGUAUCCAACGUGGGGAUCAGAAAGCCAACGGACCGAUUCUAAAACCCGUGCGUCAGCAGUUAUAUUAAAUUUGACACCAGAAACGAAGCUGUCUGCGUCUGCGGCACGAUCCGAGAACUCCACCGACCAGCCUCCUUCAAGAAUGCUUCAUACAUGCACCGACGUUCUAGUGUAACCAUCUACGAGAAUUCUCCGGCUCACCUUCACCGGCUCGAGUCCAGUCAGACCUUGGAUCUAGCUACUUUACACGCCUUCGCAUUAAUUGUUCCGGCGGUCAGACCUACGAAUCCUCGAAGUCAGGACCGAGGAGUGACUCAUAUCGUCUCUCAAUAAUUGAUUCCAGCGCUUCACGACUCGUUUUUUGGCCCAGCUCCCUUCAUUCUUGAAACAAACUACACACUUGGGUACUACACACACCUUUCAAGAUGGGCCGCAGGAACUUGGGGCUUGAAAUUGACGGUGAAAAUAAUGUUGGCCUCGAAGACCACAAUGGAGAAGAUGCGACCCACGUAGAAAAUUUACCACCUCGCGAUCGUGGGAGAGCAGCUUGGACGUGUUUGACAGCAGUCUCAGUAAUAUCUAUGAUCACAUGGGGCUUCGGUGCCAGUCAGGGAAUAUUCCGCGAGCAUUACUUCAAGAGUGGGCCAUUCAAGGGCAACCAACUCGUCGCCUCAAUUGGUCUUCUCGUGGUCGGGAUCUUACAAUCUCUUUCGCCAUUCACACUCAAGCUCAUCACUACAUAUCCAAAUGUCCGAUUCUACAUGAUGUGGGCGGGCAUGGUCUUGGUCGUCGCAUCCUCUCUUGGCGCCGCUUUCGCCGCCACAGCAGUGCAAGUCAUCAUGACACAAGGUCUGAUGUACGGGAUUUCAAGUAGUUUUCUCUUUGCUCCCUGCAUAAGUUUCGUGGAUGAGUGGUUUCUUGAGCGACGCGGACUUGCCAACGGUAUAUUCUUUGCUGCACCCAAUAUUGCGUCGGCAGUCCUAUCGCCCAUUUAUUCGGUUCUGUUGGACAGAUUCGGACCCCGCAAGACACUCAUUGGGUGGGCAGUAUUCUCCGGUGUAGUACUCCCGCUUGCUAUACUCUGCGUGCGGCCUCGACGUGUAUCCACAGGCCGGGCGGAGACCACUUCAGCAGAUACAAAAGCAUCAUCCCUAAAGCUAUUCAAAAAGCCUCUACUGUGGCUUUUCGUACUAUCCAUGGCCUUACAAAGCUUGGCGAAUAAUAUUCCAGCGAACUACCUCCCUAGUUAUGCUACGGACUUGGGUGUCUCCUCGAGCAACGCAGCGCUAUUGGUCACAUACCUGUCAUUAUCAGGUGUUGUGGGCCAACCUCUGGCAGGAGCUUUAACAGAUGCGAUAGGACCUCGAAUACCGCUACUGCUCAGCACUCUAGUCAGUACAUUUGCAGUCCUUGUUGUCUGGGGACUAGGUAGACAGUACUGGACAAUGAUCAUCGUAUCACUGCUAUUCGGUGGCUUUGCAUUUAGUUUCAUGGUUCUCCGCAGCCAUAUGGCAGCUCUUGUGGUAGAUGACAAAGAUAAUCAAGCCGAUGAGCUACUGGUUUCAGGACUUCUCCUUAUGACAAGAGGACUCGUGGGAGUUGCUUCAGGGUAUGUAGCUGCGGCGAUAUUACAAAACACUGAGGAAAUGGGCGUGCAGCCGGGGUAUGGCGCUGGCAAGUGGCGGACUUUCAUCAUUUAUCAAGGUGCUGUGAUGGCGGCAUCCACGAUAGGUGUGAUGGGUAUGUUGAGAAAGAGGAAAGCUUGAAAAUCAAUUGUAAUCUGUAAAUCACGACUUGAGGUACAUCAAAAUAUCAAUAACUCAAAGGAUAAUUUAAAGGAA